AUGGACGAGCAACAGCCGCCGGCCACGUUUUUCCAGGCGCCAAUCCUGACAAUGCCCGCCUCGCGGAGGACCCUCGGACCGCACAAUUCACCCGUCAAAUCCAUGUCACAGAACUCGUCGGUAAGCGUCUGAAAAGUGGACUAGAAAUGUUCCGAAUUUGGAUUGAAGUAUCUUGGGACAAAGUUACAGAUCGAUCCGAUCAUUUGGUCCCGAUAUGUAGAGAUUUUGGGCCGAAAAGUUAGGGUGUUUUGCAAAAGCUCAGACUUCUCGGGACCAGAUGAUCCGAUCGAACUGAAACUUGGUCCCAAGAUGCUUCAAUCCAAGUUCAAAAAGCCAGCAAAGUUUGGGCCCGAUCAGAAUAUCCAGGCAGCUUUUGCUCAAUUACUAAAAUUGUCAACGUUUUCAUUUCAUUUUUCAUAUUUUCAGGCGCACACAUCGCCGCGGGUAACACCGACAAAAGGCGCGAAUCCGUACGGGGACCGAUUUAUACCAUUGCGGCAGUCCAAUCACGACUGGAACGCGCGUUACUGCUCGAUCGGCAACGAGGUGGUCGUCGAAGAGGAGACGGGCGCGUUCAAGAAACCGCAGGGCAAAUCGUGCAAUCGACAUUUGAACCUGCAGAAUUCGUUGGUCAUGUCUGCGAGCGCUUCUUCGGCGGCUUCCGGCGCCGCAGCGGCAGCAGUAAAUGGUCCCGGUCCCUCGGGAUCUUCGACUUCUACUUCUACUUCUUCCACCGCGUCUUCUUCUUCUUCUUCUUCGGUUCCUGCUCCCACACCCACUCCUACCCCGGUACUUUCAAUAUCCGACACCUCGCCGGCCACUUCAUUCCUCGACCAAUCCCCCGUGGCUCCACCCUCGCCCACCUCGUUCGCCUACCAGUUCGGCGGCGUCACCACCGUCCCGGCCCAGCACCACGGCCAUCACACGACGCCCACGCACUCCUCCCCACAGGACUACUAUCAGGGACCGUCGAACUCGGGCUCGGGCAGCAAUUCGCCGACGAGCACGCACUCGAACUCGUGUCUCGACGACACCCGGAAUAGCGAGGCGGUCAUGCGGGCACUCCUUCGCAAUGAAAUGUUGAGGGAUCGGAUCGACGACGUGAAGGGGCAGGCGACGCAGCAGCCGGAGGAGAAGCUCUCCACGUUCUCGCUCGCGCCCAUCGUCGCGCCGCUUCCGCAGCCGCCCACGCUCGACACUCCGCACGGGGUGACGACUGGAAUGGAGCGGAAUGCGUACGGAGGGAGCCAGGAGGCUCUUGUGUUCCCGACGGUCGAAGCCGGGGUUAAUGAGGUUACCAGGUGAGCAUAAUUGAACAGAUUCAAUAAAAAAGUUCCAUAAGACUCUCAAAAGCAUACAUUUUCAUUUGCAGAGUGGGUUCGGUCUCUCCGACAGUCUACGAGAUGAUGGAGCCCCGUCUGCGAGGCGGCUCGGACUCGCCGAUCGAACUGCCGCCCUCGCCGGCGGGAAGCGUGUGCGGCGGGGAGACGCCUACGAAGACGCCGACGAUGCCGCUGUCGCCGAUAGUGCCGAAGCAGUCGCCGUGCCGCGGCCUGUUCGCCUACAGCGCCAAAACGACGCCGAUCAAGUUCGUGACGCAGCCGACGACGCCGACAAGUGCGCAGACCUCGCCGUUCGGUGGUCCGUUCAGCGUCGACUCGCAAAGACUGCUGCGGACGCCGCGGAAGCCGACGCGCAAAGUGCCCAAGAACCCGUACAAAGUGCUCGACGCGCCCGAACUUCAGGACGACUUCUAUCUGAAUCUCGUCGAUUGGUCCUCACAGAAUCAGCUCUCUGUCGGACUCGCGAGCUGCGUCUAUUUGUGGAGUGCCACCACUUCGCAGGUGAGCAUUUUAAUGGUAAAUUAGUUCAAACCCUAAAAACCCGAAUUUCAGGUGAUAAAACUGUGCGAUUUGUCGACGAGCAACGACCAGGAUACGGUGACGUCGGUGCAGUGGUGCGACAAGGGGGACUUGCUGGCGGUGGGCACGAACCGCGGCAUCACGCAAAUCUGGGACGUGACGAGCCAGAAAAAGGUGCGGGACCUGAGCGGGCACACGUCGCGCGUCGGCUGUCUCGCCUGGAACGCCGACACGAUCUGCUCGGGCUCGCGCGAUCGGAGCAUCCUCCAUCGGGACAUUCGCUGCGACGAUCGGGACGUGCGGAAGCUACAGCAGCACCGACAGGAGGUCUGCGGGCUCAAGUGGUCCCCCGACAAACAGCUCUUGGCUUCCGGCGGCAACGACAAUCAGUUGUUGGUGUGGAAUCUGCGGAGGCCCGAACCGAUACAGACGUACAAUCAGCACAACGCGGCGGUGAAGGCACUCGCCUGGUCGCCGCAUCAUCACGGACUGCUCGUCUCGGGCGGAGGCACCGCCGAUCGGUGUCUGAGGUUCUGGAACACGCUCACUGCACAGCCCAUGCAGUGUGUCGAUACGGGAUCACAGGUAUGGGGCUUUUUCUAAUGUUUUUGAAGAAUUUUGAAGUCUUUUCGGAUUUUUAAUUUGGGUUUUGUAAUUCUAAAGCUAUUGUAGGUUUGCAACGUGGCGUGGUCGAAGCACAGCAGCGAACUCGUCUCCACUCACGGAUACUCGUACAAUCAUGUAAGUUGUCUUAUUCAUCUAGGCGAAGCAACGCGUUUUUUGCAAUAAGGAAGACUACGACCUGUGUCCUUUUACCUCAGGCGUUCUCACGCCUUCGCCUGAAAAGGCGUCCGGCCUGCGGUCAACCGAACUAUCUCACUCACCGUGCCUAGUUUCAGGUGAUAAUCUGGAAGUAUCCGAGUCUGCAGCCGGUGACGAAGCUCGUCGGCCACCAAUAUCGCGUCCUCUACCUGGCGAUGUCGCCCGACGGCGAGUCGAUUGUGACGGGCGCCGGCGACGAGACCCUCCGCUUCUGGCACGUCUUCAACAAGGGAAAUCCGCCGACGAUCACGCGGUCGAAGCUGAAUUUGCACUCGACGCUCCGGUGA